AUGAACCGUGGCAACAGCGGCUACCGGCGUGGUCGCGGUGGCCAUCGUGGCCAUCGUACAGGCUCAAACUCAGACAGUUCCAACGGAUACAACCAGAAUAGACCUAUCCUCAGGCCCUCGCCCGCCUCCCAAGGCCAUGAUACGCCUCCUGAACAAUCCACUCGAAUUCCUGCCUGGUUGGACUCGCCGGGUUCUCCGGCUAAGCAACAAUCAUCCUUUACCAUGAAUGGCCAUCAGAUCAACGAAACUUACACCGAACGACCCGUUGACCUCGCCAGUGCAUCACGGCACUCUAAUCCACCUUCACCUGCACAUGGAAACAACCAGCAUCGCAAUGGUCCAGGUGGCCAGCGCUCGCUACAUAGACCGCUCACUAAAGACGGCGAAAAACACUGGGCUUACCAACAGGAGCGAAAGAUCAAAAUUAUAGGCAUGCCAAAGACGUUCUGGACUAAGGAUGUUUAUCUUGCCUUGUCACCAUAUGGGACUGUCGUGAGGAUCGAAAUUCAGCAAGGCGCUGUCGAUAACAAUGCGUAUGUCACCUUCCGACCACCACCAAACGACCUUACGCAUCAGCGUAUUCGAGUUGGCACAUUUAUCGUGAAUUUGGACGAGCUGAAUCCAUCCGUUACUACUAUUGCAAGCCCAUUGGACACUAAAAAGCAGUACUAUGAGUUCAACAUACUCUCCGCAAAUUCCAUCGACUUCGGCAUCAAAGUUGCAGACAUGUCCAUGAUUGCCAUGCACACUGUGGAGUCGCAUGGUGGGAUACAGAUGACUUUAAACUUGAAGCGCAAAGAGCUCGAUAUCCAGUUCCCUCUGAAAUUCGGCAAUCAAACGCGCAAGUUCAGAUUUCGACUUCCGAUUUCUUUACUCUCAAAUAUCUAUAAAGUCUCCGACCCGAAAACCGGCCAAACCACUCUCAUCAUCCCAUUCGAUUCUUCGCCUCAAUUCUUCAUACAGAAGAACGAGAAUGAGGAGAUAGGCGGUCUAAAGCACACCAGCUUCUCUCGGAGGGACAAGAUUUGGAACGAUUGGGAUACUUGGUUUCGCGAGACUGACAUCGUAAGGAACGAUUUGAAAGACCUCCCAUUGAUGGAUCAAAAGGACAAGGCUAUCAUUGAUAUGGGUCGUUGGACUAGUUACCGGUUUUCUUUCGACGAGGCCACCUUCAACACGGCGAAGUUCAAAGAUUUCAGCAAUGCCCUCGCAGACUAUGGUGUUGUAAUCGAAGACCGUGACCAGUACUCUGUCAAAGAAUGGAUUGCGUCUCCACUGUGGAGUCUCUUACAAGAUGAGAUCUCUGGCACGCACCCGUACCUCGAGCCGCCCACGGAGUCCACGGAGUCUCAAUUCAAUCAUCUAGUUGUAGGCCAGAUUCAUUUGAGUUUCCCAAUCCGAUAUCAGCUCGAGGCAUGCUUGUCGAAUGGCUAUCUCAAAGAACACAACAUCACCCGAGAGUUCCUCGAAAGACUCCUUUCAAUGGAUCUUCGACACGCUAUAUAUCUCCUCGAGAAGGUUUGUGACAAGCAACAUACCUACUACAAUCCGAUGGACAUCUUCGACAUCCGCAGCAAGGAUAGUCUCGAAAAGAAGAUGCCAAAUUAUUGCAUCCUCCAGCGCUCUGCAACUAUCACACCGACCAUGAUCCACGUAGCUUCACCCAUUAUGGAAACCUCAAACCGAAUAACUCGCAAAUACGCGACAGAUUCUGAUCAAUUUAUACGCAUCAAGUUCUCCGACGAGAGGAAUGAAGGUGUCCUAAGGAACAUGCCCAAUGACAGGGCUGAAGCGGUGUUCGAUCGUGUACGUCGAGCAAUGAAGUACGGUAUCGUGGUAGCUGGUCGCUUUUACGAGUUUCUGGCCUUCGGAAACUCGCAAUUCCGUGAACAUGGUGCAUACUUUUACGCUCCAACUUCUUCCAAAUCAGCAGACGACAUUCGCAUGUCUCUCGGUCGAUUCGAUCACAUCAAGACUGUCGCAAAGUUUGGCGCUCGCCUCGGCCAGUGUUUCUCCACCACUCGUGCCAUGUCAACUAACGUCAAGACGAUAAAAAUCCCGGACAUCGAGCGUAACGGUUAUAAUUUCAGUGAUGGUGUUGGCAAGAUAUCACUCUUUUUGGCCCAAAUGGCUGCACAAGAGCUUGGACUGUCAAACCCUUUCGAUGACCCACCACCAUUGGUUCAGUUUCGACUCGGGGGAUGCAAAGGCGUGCUUGCUCUUGACCCAACAUUAACCGGAAGCGAAGUUCACAUACGGCCUAGUCAGCAGAAAUUCGAAGCUGAGUCCAAAGGUCUCGAGAUCAUUCGAUCCUCAGCACUUGCAACUCCCUUCUUCAACCGGCAAAUCAUCAUCGUACUCUCUAAUCUUGGUGUACCCGACCACGUCUUCAUACGAAAGCAGCAAGACAUGGUCAACGACUAUGAGCACGCCAUGAUUGACGAAGACAUUGCCUUGGUGAAGCUGCGUAAGCAUAUCGACAUGAACCAGACCACUCUCACGAUGGCGGGCAUGGUCCUCGAUGGAUUCAUGAAGACCCGAGACCCUUUCAUGAUGUCUUUACUCAAGCUCUGGCGUGCUUACACCAUCAAAAACCUGAAAGAGAAAGCUCGUAUCGCCAUCGACGACGGUGCUUUCGUGCUUGGUUGCGUCGACGAAACGGCCACCCUGAAAGGGCAUAUGGAUGACCCACAAUCGAGGCUCGAUGCGACACGAGAUGAGAAACUCGCGACUCUUCCAGAGAUAUUUCUCCAAGUUGAUGAUACCAACAAGAAAGGUCACUACAGAAUCGUCGAGGGCAUCUGCAUCCUUGCACGUAACCCAUCACUGCACCCAGGUGACAUUCGUGUGGUUCGCGCAGUAGACGUACCUGCGCUUCACCAUCUCAGGAACGUCGUCGUUCUUCCUCAAACAGGCGACCGGGAUCUUGCUAAUAUGUGCUCUGGAGGCGAUCUUGACGGCGACGACUAUAUGGUCUUGUGGGACAGCGACCUACUACCCGAGACUAUUAACGUGCCACCCAUGGACUUUACGCCGGAAAGGCCAAUUGAGACUGACCAGCCCAUCACCAUUGCAGAUGUUAGCGCAUUCUUCGUGACGUAUAUGAAGAACGACUCUCUCGGCCAGAUUGCGCACGCUCACUUGGCGCAAGCAGACUUCAACGCAGAAGGCGUGAGCAGUGAUAUCUGUCUCGAUUUAGCCAAGUUACACUCGCAAGCUGUCGAUUAUCCAAAGAGCGGCAUCCCAGCUGUGAUGGAUCGCGAGUUGAGACCAUCCAAAUGGCCCCACUUCAUGGAGAAGAAGCACAUCGCGGAGAUCAGAAUCUACAAGUCCAGGAAGAUCUUAGGCAUGCUCUUCGACCAAGUACAGCUCGUUGACUUUAAGCCCCAUUGGGGGAAUGCAUUCGACAAUCGCAUCCUCGGCGCUUUCGAGAAUGACGAGAGCCUUCUGAAAAAAGCAGCUGAGAUCAAACUCUCUUACGACGAGUCUCUCAAGCGGCUAAUGGCCAAACAUGGUAUACGCACAGAGUUUGAAGCCUGGUCGGUCUUCGUUCUUGCACACAACCAUGAGAGCCGCGAUUAUAAGUUCGCCGAAGAAUUCGGUAGAACAAUCGGAGCGUUGAAAGCUCAGUACAAGGAGACUUGUCGGGCUGCGGCAGAGAUGACCAACAUGGCAGAUUGGAAUCGAUUAGGACCAUUCGUCGCUGCCAUGUACACUGUUACGGCAGCAGAGAUGGAUGCGGCUUUGAAGGAGUGCCAUGCCACCAAGAUCAUUGGAGGCCAGGAAGUACCAGUUCGAGCUAUGGAGCCAGAACACAUGCCGUUGAUCUCUUUUCCAUGGCUCUUCCCCAGCGAGUUAGGUAAGAUAGCGACGGGAGCCACAGUCAUUCAACGUCUGGAACCGGUCGAGACCCAUCAAGAACCUUCGCAUCGACAUAAGAAGAAUACCGGCGCUACUACUACUCUCGAUGUCGGAGUUGGUGCUGCUGAACUAGGAGGAUCGAGAACGAAUGGAGCGCUAUUGGAGCUGGAAUUCGAUUUCGCAUCAAAGGAGCAGAAAGAAGACCAAAAGCAAGAAGUGUUACGGGAUGUUACGGUAUUAAAGCAGGACCAUAAGCCAGCUGGACGAAAGGAGAGCCUGUCUAUCUUAGGUCCAAUGUCUACCUCUAGGGUACCGCCAGCAUCGACAUUCGAUUCCUUGUCGCCGCCGGUUACCAAGGCAUACAACUGGAAGCGAGAUGCUAAGUAGGCGGCGACAAGGGCGAAGGUCGACUGCGGUGGAAAUGACCCAGCCGUAAUGGGGGACGAUUAGUGUGCGACAGGGAAAGUAGGUAUGACGGUCGGGAUUUUGGCGUAAUGAUACAGAAAGCUAGCAUAUGGCUGUUUUCACCUCGUUCCUGCUGGUAGCUACCAUGUUACCUUGCCAGGAGGGGAGGGUUGGACAAAAGGAUACAGAAAUGCACGAGCGGG